UAUGUAGUGCGCAGUAAAGCAGCAUCAUGAAGUCGCAAUUCCCAAUGUUCGUAGGCUCGUAUCUUGUCUGUCUGUCUGUCCGCUCCGCUCACUUUAGUGAGAUUUGUUAGUUAGCUUGUGUAACAUCGAACUGCUCGAAACGGAGCCAGUGAAUACAAUUUGAGAAAUUUUCGCAGUUGGGGAUCAUUUUUCAAUGAGUGCUACCCAAGGAGAAAGUAAAGAGCUGGAGUCUAUUUCCGGACGUAGUUCGAAAAACGGGAAAGAAUCACGUUACAUCGAGACCUUGAUCAACGAUGGAUCUAGAACGCCGAUCGACACAGAUAGUGACACCUACGAGAUUCAUUUGCCGCCGUGGUUCGAUGAGGAUAAAUUCAAGCGAGGUCAGCAGUACUUUCGGACCAAUCUAACGGCAAUCGUCACGGCCGGGUUCUGCGGAUUAAUAUCGGUGCUUUCCAUUCCGUCGAUACAGGAUGUGCUUAUAUUCACCGGACGAUCGUCGACCCUAACGACGGCCUACAAGCGCUACGUACUGACUGUGCUGCACACGUUGAACUGGUACCUAGAGGAGUUGCGACCGGGAUCUAACUCCUGGAAGUCAUUGGAAUAUGUUCGACGCAUCCACGCCGUCAGUGGAAAGAACGCAAAUGCCGCCGAUUCGAGGAUGCUCAUAUCCCAGAAGGACGUGGCCAUUACACAGUUUGGUUUUGUUGGUUACGUGGUGCUGAAUCACCGGAAACUAGGCGUCCAAUAUAGCCGAGAAGGUGUAGAGGGCUUCGUGCAUCUGUGGCGUACCAUUGGAUAUAUGCUGGGAUUGGAAGAUAGAUUCAACCUGUGCACGGAGGACUUCGACACCUCGGUUCAACGGAUGACCCUCGUCAAUGAUCACUUCUUUCGUCCAGGCUUGCAAAAUCCCAGUGCGGAUUUCGAUCACAUGACCAGGAUCAUGAUCGACGGAAUGUGGUGCUACAGCACCCUGUUGAACUACGAUGCUUUUAUGUUUAUGACCAGAAGGCUGUCGAACGUUCCCGGGCACUACUACUGGAACGAUGAACCACGGGAUGGUGCGGAGGCCGUUUAUAAAGAUUUCAGUUGGUUCAGUAGGGUGAUGCUGAACGUCUUGAUGGUGAUCCACGAGGUUCUGCUAAAUUACACGGUGACGCGGUGGUUUGCAAAUUGGUUUUUCCUUUUCAAUACCACUGUGGCUAACAAGUACUUUCCUGUGUUGGCGAUGGUGACGCAUGGCUUUCGGAAGGCUUAUGUUAAAAUUGUCUAUUGACAGUAGAAUUAGAGCAACGAUAAGUUAUUUAGGUGUAAUAAAACUCAAAAUUUUAAAAACUUAAAAUGAAUGAAAA